CCGAAAACACACGUUACGCACACAGGGCUGCGGGAGGAUUGGGGGAUAGAAGACCGCUGUAAAAGAGAGACAGAGAGGGAGACAGAGACAGAGAGAGAAAGCACACCGAUGGAACAACAGGAUAUAUAACCGAUUGUCCGGGUCUUGUGCAGGCACCUUAUUCCAUGCCUGUCCUCCUGCUGGGGCUUUGUCAUUGAUGGGAAACCACCUGGACCGGAUAACCCACCUCAGCUACAGUGAGCUGCCCACCGGAGAUCCGUCCGGACUGGAGAAAGAGGAGCUUAGGGUUGGAGUAGCAUACUUCUUUUCAGACGAAGAGGAGGAGGUAGAUGAUGCAGGAGGCGGCGGAGGAGGCUACAACAAGGAGUCCAGCCAGGAGCACCCCGGGGCGGUCAGCGAGCUGGAGUACUCCGCCUUCUGCUCCCAGGAAUGCAUCUUCUCCAAGCUCCGCGAAAACCAGGACUUGAACGUUUACUCCGCCAAAACUUUGCUUUCCAUGUGCAAGCCAGGGGACCUUGUGGAGCUAGUAUCCACGUCACAGGCACCUCACUGGGCUGUGUACGAGUUCAACGACCAGGUGAUACACCUGCAUGAGGGGGAGAUACGGAAGGACAGCCUGACUGAGAUAGGACGGGGUCGGCAUGGACGGAUAGUGAACAGUCGUUACCGGUUCCGGGCGCUGCCCUCCGACCUGGUGCUGCAGAACGCUGCCGGCCACCUGGGCCUGAACAGCGGAGACAUCUGCUGGACGAGCUCUGAGAACUUCGCCGCCUGGUGCCGUUUCGGGAAGCGGGAGUUCAAGGCGGGAGGCGAGGCGCACUCGGCAGAGCAACAGUACUUUCUCAAAGUGCACCUCGGUGACGGGACUCGGAAUGGACACACGCUGGUGUUCCGUAGCCUCGAGGAUAUGAUCCGAGAGAGGAGGAGGGUUGACGUCAGUGGGAUUCUGAAGGAGUUGUCUUUAGGGGUCAACGGCGGGAAGGAGUGAUGAUUCAUAUGAUGAGAGAGAGAGAGAGAGAGAGAGAGAGAGAGAGAGAGAGAGAGAGAGAGAGAGAGAAGAGAGAGAGAGAGAGAGAGAGAGAGAGAGAGAGAGAAGAGAGAGAGAGAGAGAGAGAGAGAGAGAGAGAGAGAGAGAGAGAGAGAGAGAGAGAGAGAGAGAGAGAGAGAGAGAGAGAGAGAGAGAGAGAGAGAGAGAGAGAGAGAUUUGCAGGCUGGUUGCGUCUAACACUGGUGACACUGUAGGAGAGAGAUUUGUGAUAAUAUUGCAGCAAAGAAGAAAAUAGCCUAGAAGGACAACACAGACAAACGUUCAUGUAAACAUUGACGACUGCUCUUUGUUUGUUUGAGCGUGGUUUCUUUCUGCUUUGACAUGUCACCCUGUACCUUUAAAAGCCACAUAGCACACGACUCCACUCGCUUGGUUUUUAUUUUUUCUCCCGCUGCGUUCUUUCUCUGCAUAAGGGCACCUGCUGCUGCUGGUUCUAGUGCUGCUGGUUCUAGUGCUGCUGGUUCUAGUGCUGCUGGUUCUAGUGCUGCUGGUUCUAGUGCUGCUGGUUUUGCUGCAGCAGACUAUUGCAAGAGAGAGACAGAAAGAGAGACAGAAAGAGGGAGACGUCUGUUGGAUUUCCCCGGAGAGACUGUGUUCUAUUUUUUUACUCCUAGCUUUACAUUAAAAACCUGGGACUGAACGAACAUCCAACCUUAACCACCCAUUCAUGUUGUAGCCUACCAGAUAGACGGACCGAUGGACAGGCAGACACCAUUUUGUUCUGUUUUCUGCCCCCUGGUGUUUGUUUUGGAAAGCUACAUUCAUACGUUGAUUCGUUUGCAUUUGAGGCCCAUAUUUUUGUAUUUGAGUUGGUGACUUCUUUCUCCCUGAUUGGUUGAUUUUUUUUCUUCUGUUCUAAUAAACAGAAGAUGCAACAUGAAA